AUGGAAUACUUGAUCGGGAUUCAGGGGCCAGACUUUGUGCUGGUUGCGGCAGAUAAUGUAGCAGCAAGCAGUAUAAUCCAGAUGAAACACGAUUAUGACAAGAUGUUUAAGCUCAGCGAAAAGAUCCUGCUCCUGUGUGUGGGUGAAGCCGGUGACACAGUACAGUUUGCAGAAUACAUUCAGAAAAAUGUCCAGCUUUACAAAAUGAGAAAUGGAUAUGAGCUUAGCCCAGCAGCUGCUGCAAACUUCACAAGGAAAAACUUAGCAGACUAUCUGCGGAGUCGGACUCCAUACCAUGUGAACCUGCUCUUGGCAGGAUAUGAUGAGACCGAUGGUCCAGGACUAUACUACAUGGACUACCUGUCAGCACUUGCCAAAGCCCCCUUCGCCGCACACGGAUACGGUGCCUUCCUCACCCUCUCCAUCCUGGACCGAUAUUACAGACCAGAUCUGACUCGUGAGGAGGCUGUGGAUCUGCUCAAGAAGUGUUUAGAGGAGCUCAACAAACGUUUCAUCAGGAAGCGGUGGAAGAGAAGAACCUAG